AGCACUCGAACAGUCGUGAAUGAAGAUAUGCCAGUGCAGCACCGUCAGGCGUUGAUUUUGUGAAUGUGUCGUAAUGGUGUGUCGUGGUGCCGACUUCGAAGCGACGGUGCAGAAGCCUGCACUGCGCUCGCGCGUACUAAAAGGGGAUAUAAAUUGUAGGUUUAGACGCUAACUGCGUCCAUGUCGGCCGCAAUCGAUGCAUAAGGGUACUGACUCGUCGCAUCUAGUCGAAAAAGAAGGUGAACGACGAAACUUUUGGUCGCAAGACGCCUACCGCCGGUCAUAUAAUAUCUCGAUCAUAGACGCGGUCAAUGAGAAGAGGAGCGGCUUCGUCGAGGGGUGUCCGAAAAAAGCACAGGACGUUGAGCGGGAAAAUCGGCCAGAGUCGCCAAACCGGAGACUGGUGAGCGAGGAAAAACGCUGUGGGAAUUUGUCGCGGCCGGAAAGAAAGGGAAAACGGAAAAGAAACCGCAAGAUAACCCAAAGCGCAUAUUGUACAAAUGCGACAACCAGAAAUCGUGAACCCUCAUGGCGCCGGCGUGGAUCCAUUACAUACCCGAUGGUGAAGAAAGAAAACCAGGUGACCGUGCCAUUUAGCCGUCGUCCAGGUCUCGAAGUCGUCAAAAAAGAGGAUACGGGAGGUAUGUGCAGAGCAGAAAGGGAAGAAAAAGCUUAGGCAGAGAAACCGAGCCUGAAGCAACCAUUGAGGAAAAAAAACCAGAAGAAUUGUCGACGAUGAUAAACU